AUGACUUCCUCCAAAAAAAAUUAUAUAUUUGAGCCCUUUAAAAUAACUGAGGUAAAAUAUAGAGGUUUUGGCAGUCCUCGGCCUAGAAGUGGACAUCGAAUAGCUUGCGAUGAUGUUAAAAUAUAUUGUUUCGGAGGUUACAAUCCUCAUUUGCCUUUGAACAUAAUACAAAGGAACAACCCCACAUGGACCCCAGGAAUGCCUUUAUUCAAGGAGCUUUGGAGUUUUACAUUAGCUACAAAAAAAUGGAAACAACAUAUUGUAACCGAGAACAUGCCAGAAGAAUUAGCAUCUAAUGCUAUGUGUAUGAGUGGCAAAUAUUUAAUGAUAUUUGGUGGCACAGGAGCACCUUUUGGUAAUAAAUGUAGUAAUGAAGUUAUUACGUGGCGGACGUGUAAUGGUGAUGCCAGGUUGCAGAUAUUGGAUGUGACUGGUUUCAGGCCACCUCCUCAGUAUGGACAGUCAAUUUUAUGUUAUGAUGGCAAUUUCUAUGCAAUAGGUGGUACCAAUGGUUUUGCAUAUAACUGUGAUAUUUACAAGUUAGAUUUACGAACAAUGGUCUGGGGGCCUGUUUUUAUUGGUACUGGUCAAGAAGGUGAACCGCAAGGCAGGUAUCGACAUGAAGUCAUUAGAGUAGGCAAUAAACUGUACAUAAUUGGAGGUGGAACUGGUGAUUUGGCAUUCGAAUUAAUGGAAAUACCUAUGUAUGAUCUGGAAACAAAUACAUGGACUAAACUAGUUCCGAAAGCUGAUGAUUCUAAGAAGGACAUUAGUGCACCAUUAGCAAGGAAGUGUCAUAGUGCGGUGCAAAUAGAAACUGAAAAUGGUGUUCAAGUAUUUGUUGCUGGCGGCACAGACGGACAAAGUGUGUUUGAUGACAUAUGGAGAUUAGAUAUAUCAAAAAUGCAAUGGACUCUGAUGCAAAAAACUGUUCUUCCUCAUCCAUUAUACUUUCAUUCUUCAACAGUAACAUCAAAUGGCUGUAUGUAUAUAUUUGGUGGUAUAGAACCCAACGAUAAUGAGACGAGAAGAAAUAAUAUAUUGUAUAAGGCUUGGUUGUGUAUUCCUAAAUUAAGUGAGAUCUGCUGGGAGGCCUUGUUGAGUCUUUAUCCAAAUCUUGAUCAUUUGGACCGAACCUCUCUUAUACAUUUAGGUAUUCCACUACAUUUUGUAGAUAGAUUACAUGUUUUGUAA